UCCAAUAUUAACAUCGUUUCAGAGAGAAACGAAGUAAAUUUUGGAAAGUAGUGGUUUUUUCUUUCUUCAAAUUUGAAUAUUUUUUCCCUUUCCCGAAAGAAAAAAAAAGAGAGGGUUUUUUUAGAUACUUUCAAGUGCGAGAGAGAGAGAGAGAAUCCUUUGUUCGAUCUUUUGCGUUAGGAAUCGCGGUGGUGGAGCUCGAGAGAAUCGUGGAACGUCGAAUUUCCAGUCAGAUCUGAAGGGGUUUUCAGGCAAUCGGGCCGAGGAAGAGAGGAGAGAAUGAGCGGCAGCGGCGGCGGCGGAGCCGGGAAGGGCAGUAACGUGAAUUUAGGUGUUCCGGCGGCGUCCAGGAAGGUGGUUCGGAGCUUGAAGGAGGUCGUGAACUGCUCCGAAGAAGAGAUCUACGCCACGCUCGUCGAGUGCGAUAUGGACCCCGACGCAGCCGUUAAUCGUCUCCUCUCUCAAGAUUCUUUUCACGAGGUGAAGAGCAAACGAGACAAGAAAAAGGAGACAAAGGACACAACAGAAUCCCGAUCACGAGGAGCUGGCAGCUUCCUGAACCGUGGAGGUAGGAGCAAUGGUGAUAAUUAUGCUGGCCGAGGUGGUGGACAAAAGUUUAUCUCAAAUGAGUCGGGUAGUGUGCAAGUGCAAGGAAAACCUCCGAACAAAAGGGAAAAUGGAACAAAUAAUCAUGUGGCUGGCUCAUCUUCUACCUCCAGUGUUAUUGGCCGCCAACCUCUAUCCAACAGUGAUCCUAAAGGUACUGAAAAUACGAGCUUACCAGUGGGCACUUGUGAUGCAGUUCGCUCAUCCUCUCAGGCAUCUUCUGGUCUUCAACCUGUUUGGUUCGCUGUUCCGGGUCAGCGGACUAUGGCUGAUAUUGUGAAGAUGGGCAGGCCUCUCCAUCAGAAUAUUGUUACGCCUCGGUCUUCAGAUCUUAUAACUUCAUCCAAAGAGCCUGAAAGCAAAGCUCCCGUCAUGGAUGAAUGGCCCUCAAUUGAGAAGCCGGAUGCUGCUUAUUCUUCCUCGGUCUUUAAAGUACCCAUGGUUAGUGAUUCCACGGUUAGAGCAGACAACCAUUUGAAGUCCCAGUUGGAUGAGGACCCUGUAACAGAGAAUCUUCCAGUUGAAUCUCCUGUUGCAAACCGGGUUCGGCCUUCUUCAGUAUCCAGUAGAAACUUUCAUGAUGAUGAUUCUAAAGGUUCGUCAUUGUAUGACCAUGAUAAUGACAAUAACAACAACAACAACGAGACGGUUGAGGCAUACGAAACACACGGGCAACUUUUUGAGCAUAACCGAGCUGAAGAUGUUGCCACAACUUUUCAGCAACUAUCGAUAGAGAAUGAUGACCGGGAAGAAUUGUCGAAAGAGGAUAGGCCUGGUGUGAUAAUUCCCAAUCACCUCCAAGUGCAUACCUCUGAUUGCUUGCAUUUGAUGUUUGGAAGCUUUGGUUCUGAGAUGGGGUCUGGCUUACCUAGUGUUUUUCCAUCAGUCUCCUUGAACGAUAACUUACAGGAAAUACCUGAGGGAGUUGAUGAUUCAUCAAUUAGACACCCGGACACGAGAGAUUCUGAAUUCUAUGGAGAUAAUGAAAGGCUCGGGAACUCUGCUGAUGGAAACUUGGCUUAUCAUAUUGAUUCAAGUGCUAGGAAUUACGAUUCUGCCACGGACUCCGAGACAGAGCAAUUGAAACAAGAAAUUGCCGAACCUGCUCAUGGAAAUGAGUUCCAUUAUUCAUCUGCUACAGAUUAUGCUUUUGACAAUAAUCAGCAGUUGAAUCCUGCCUUGGCUCCACCAGAGACAGGUCCUCAGAUGCAGAAUCUCGAUGCCUUCCCUGACACGAUGCAGCAAGCGUAUACGAAUUCCCCUUUGUUGACAUCAACCAUUCGGGACGUGAGGGAAUCGGAUCCUCGCUACUCGCCUUUCCCUCUUCCUGGCCCAGCCAUUUCUAUGGCAGAGGCACUAAGAGCUGCAAAUAUAUCCACGACUGGCGCAAAUACUGGCCCGGGACCAGCGGCUCUGGCUCAACACCUCGCCAUGCAUCCUUACUCUCAGCCUACGCUGCCUUUGGGACAUUACACGAAUAUGAUCAGUUACCCUUUCUUGCCUCAGAGUUACCCCUACAUGCCCUCGGGUUUUCAGCAAACGUACCCUCAGUCUCUAGCCGCAAUGCUUCCACAGUACAAAAGCAGCAAUCUUCCUCAGUCAGCAGCUGUUCCCUCGGCUUACGGGUUUGGCGCCUCAAGUAACGUCCCGGGAGGUAACUUCCCCUUGAACCAAUCUAGCACCGGAAAUACCACGAUGGGUUAUGACAAUAAUGAUGUCUUAAGCUCACAGUUCAAGGACAGCAAUCACUUUGCAUCGAUUCAGCAGAACGAAAGUUCGCAAGCAUGGCUUCAAGGACAGAACUCACGUGUGGUGUCGGUAGUACCGGGAAGCACAUAUUACAGCUUUCCUGGUCAGAACCAGCAGCCGCCGGGGGGAUUCAGACAGCAGCCAUCGCAGCAGCAUUUCGGGUAUAUGAGCCCUUACUAUUCACAGGCAGGCAUGUCAAUGGAGCAUAACCAUCACCAUCAAAACCCUAGAGACACUUCUGUGGCACAAACCCAUGCUUCUAAACAGGCUCAGCAACUAUGGCAGAACAGCUACUGAUCGAGAUGAUCGAACCCUGCUCGGCUUUCCUCCUCUUUGUUUCCAUUUCCGUUUUUCUUUUCGCCCUUUUCCUGAUCUCAAAGGUCGAAAACUUCCAUUUACGUGUGUUUCAAGUUAGGUCUUCUCUUGGAGGAUGAGAUCUUUCUUCAGUUGGCUUUGCUCACUAACCUCCACGACUUGUUUUUCUUCAGCUUAUGCUUUUAACUGUAGGAAACACAUAACUCACUAGUGUUUGGUUCCUUUGACAGACAGUAUCUUUACUUCAACUCUA